UAUUUCCUGGACUGCAUGAGGGUAGUGAAGACAAAGCAGCACUGAGACACAGAAGCAAAACGCUGUAGGAAAAGACAAAUUACAAAUAUGUCCGACGUUAACAUCCGUACUGUCUUGGUGACUGGAUCAAACAGGGGGAUUGGAUAUGAAUUUGUGCAACAAUUUCUGAACAGUCAGAAUCCUCCUCAAAAGAUUUUUGCCACAUGCCGGGACCCAGGUGCUCAGCAGAGUCAGGAAUUAAAGAACCUUUCUGAAAAGCACUCAAAUGUUGUAGUAAUUCAGCUAGAUACUACCAACCCUGCAAGCGUUAAUGCCUCUGUGAAAGAAGUAGAGAAACAUCUGAAUGGACAAGGCCUGGACCUGCUGAUCAAUAAUGCUGGGAUUCUAAAUCACAACUCACUGGAGACACAGACUGCAGAGGACAUGAUGCAUGUCUACAACGUCAAUGUAGUUGGCCCUAUGCUAACAACUCAGGCAUAUCAUCAUUUGCUAAAACGAUCUGUAGUGGAAAGCUCAGGAAAAUCAGCUAUUGUACAUAUCUCAGCUCUGCUUGGCUCUCUGGAAGAGCUUCCCCAUUUGUUUUCAGCAUUGCCAGUUAUCUCCUAUCGCUGCAGCAAGGCUGCUCUGAAUAUUCUCUCAAGAUGUCAUAUGGAGGGGUACAAGCAGGAUGGAAUUAUUUCAAUUGCUAUACAUCCAGGUUGGGUGCAAACUGACAUGGGGGGUGAGAAGGCACCAAUAACAAAACAAACCAGUGUUUCUGGAAUGAUGAAGAUAAUCUAUUCCCUGAGUCAUCAACAUAGUGGCACCUUUAUUGAUUGGGAGGGCAAAACAAUUCCAUGGUGAUUCCAAUAAAUACAAAAUUCUGUAAAAUAUGCCAGGAAUCAGUUGUGAAUUUCUUGCAGAAAUGUUACAGCACAGAUAACUGACCUAAUAUUUUAAAUGUAUGUUUUAAUUAUGCUGCUUAAAUAAAAGCUUGUAGCAUUGCCUGUGUGAAA